AUAAAAAAAGUUGGUAAAAAAAGGGAUCAGUGUAGCGGUACAUAUGCACUCGUAAGUCUCGUUAGCGGUGUCAAGUAAUAUAAAAAGUUCUCAAGUAUCGGCAUUAAAAAAAAUCUGGUUAAAGCAUGGAUAAAAAAAAGUGUCUCUUUGACUGGUAAAGUUGUUAUGUCAGAAGCCUACCACCCCGGAUGUGCUCCUCGGCUUAAUUACACCGCGCACUUUUAAAACGAGCUAAAAAUCUUGGCAUUAUAAGAAUCGAUAUAAGAGACCCUGGAGCUCCUGUCCGUGAAGUACCUGAGUUGGAUUUUAUAUUUAGUCAAACACCGUCAGACGAUAGAACAUGACGGAGUGUGCGAGUCUAGUUACCCUCAAAAUGUCAUUAAAUCAACGUGCUUUUAUCGCCCUUAAAUAUGCAACCGAUAAUUUUAUGUUAGUUCUGGUAUAAUACAUAUAAUGAAAAUAAAUAUCACCAAAAUGAGUACUCCGAUUGAGGAGAAGAUUGAUCAGAAACUUAAGGUGAGGACGGGAAUAGUAGCUGUUAGUGAUGGCAAAAGUAAGCCAAUAUCUAUGCGACUUUACUUGUCUAUGGAAGUUUUAAAACUUCAGAGAGAAGAUUUAGAGCAGGCAGUGAAUCACAACAAACCGCCGCUGGACUCUAAAGAACGCAUGAUCCAGAUAACUCGGCAAAAAGUUGGUGGUUUGGGGUUGAGCAUAAAAGGCGGUGCUGAGCACAAAUUACCGGUACUGAUAUCAAGAAUAUACAAAAAUCAAGCCGCUGAACAGUGUGGCCAGUUGUACGUCGGCGACGCUAUUAUCAAAGUAAAUGGAGAGUAUAUAACGGCAUGCAACCACGACGACGCUGUGAAUAUUUUACGCAAUGCUGGGGAUAUUGUUGUGCUUACUGUGAAGCAUUACCGCGCAGCAAAACCUUUUCUACAGAGAAAUGAAAAAGAAGAAAAAUUAGACAACGCAACUAACGGUGAAGUUGACGAAGAAUGGGAUUUACCUAACAAACGAUCUCUUAGUCCUAUAAGUGGUCACAGUAGACACGGCUCUAAUACAUCAGCUUGCUCGACGAAUUUCAAAAAAUGGAUCGAUGUUCUUACUGUACCACUGAUGAUGGCUUACGUGACACGUUACAUAUUUGGUACGGAUAAGUUACGUCGCAAUGCAUUUGAAGUACGUGGAUUGAAUGGGGCUCGGACUGGAAUAAUACACUGUGACGAUAGUGCGAUAUUGAGUCAAUGGUUGAAAUUUAUAACCGACAAUAUCACUGGCUUGACGCACUUGCAGAUGAAACUUUACAAUCGUAACUUCGGGGUUGGUGAACGAAUUGAGUACAUGGGAUGGGUGAAUGAAGCCGUGAGUAACAGCAAUCAACCUUGGCAGAGUUACAGGCCAAGAUUUUUGGCACUCAAGGGUCCAGAUCUUCUUUUAUUCGAGACACCACCGUGCAAUAUUGGAGAUUGGUCUCGGUGCGCGCUGACGUUCAAAGUUUACCAAACAAUGUUCCGAGUAAUGCGAGAGUCGGAAAAUGUCGAUGAAAGACAGCACUGCUUUCUGGCGCAAAGUCCUGGAAAAGCGCCGAGAUACUUGAGCGUUGAAACCAGACAAGAAUUAUUAAGGGUUGAAGCUGCGUGGCACACUGCUGUCUGCUCAGCUGUUACGCAUCUGAAAUCCAAGACGUUUUUAGUGACAUAUAAUGGCAGAAGUGCAGGCUUAACAUUAGAUUGGACACAAGGAUUUUCAUUAUCUUACGAGUGUAGCGGUGAAAUAAUAUGGAAAUUUAAAUUUUCACAAUUACGCGGCUCUAGUGAUGAUGGUAAAAGUAGGCUUAAAUUACAUUUUCAAGAGUUGGACAGUAUUGCUAUUGAAACAAAGGAAUUAGAAUGUCCACAAUUGCAAAAUUUAUUAUUUUGCAUGCACGCAUUUUUAACUGCCAAAGUUGCGGCAGUCGAUCCGACAUUUUUGACCUCAACAACACCAUAAAAAGAAAAUGCCAUAAAUUAAAUUAAAAAAUGCGGCGAUACAAUUUAAAUAAAUAAGGCAUUUAAUUUUAAGCAUUUUAUAUUUAUGAUUUAAAAUUUGAUACUUGUAAUGUCCAAAAUAAUUAAGAGAGAAUUUUUUAAUAUAUUGUAAAAGGAAAUUCGUACAAAAUGGGUGGAUGCUAUUUCUAUGUAAACAAAUUUUUUUUUUUCAAUUUUAAUUAUUCCAUUUUUCGAUAUAAUAAAUUUUAAUUAAUUUUAACUCUCUUUUUAAAUAAUAAAUUUUUAAUAAUUAAAUAACAUGCAAUUUAAAAAUAUGACCAUGGUGGCAACUUAAUAAAGAUUAUUGUAACACAUAAAAAUUAGUAAUAUUAAAUUA